AUGGCGCAUCCAUCUUCUAAUCUUCCUUUGAGGAAAUUCUUCGGCUCUGAUGCAGACGAAGCCAAAGUUCAACCGACUGUUGCAGAUCUUGAAAUUCCACUUUCAAAUCCAAGCACUCGAGACUUGGAGGAAGGAAUCAAUGGCCCAGACAACACGGAUGGAAAUGUUCCCAGAGCAGAUGGAGGUAAAGAUGCUUGGCUAUUCUUAGCUGCAUGCUUUUUAUUUGAAGCAUUAAUCUGGGGUAAUCCUUCCUGUGCAGGUCCUCCUCAUCGCGGCAAUUUUCUGAACAGCACUGAACAUCACCAUAUUUAUCGAAUUUUCAAAACUAUGGUUGCUUUAUUAGAAACAUAUCGAAAAGAAAUUGAGUAUUUCAUGUUAACUAACACAUCAACAGGAUUUCCGUUCGCUUUUGGAGUUUUCCAGACAUACUACUCUACUCACACACCCUUCGAUAGACAUGCAAACAGUAUAGCUAUUACAGGAACUUGUGCUACUGGAAUCAUGUAUCUUUUUGCGCCCAUUUCCCUCUACGUUCUGGAGAAGUUCCCGCCAAUUCGCAGGCUAUCUUCAAUAGUGGGGCUUGUUAUUGUAUUGAUAGCGCUAGUUGCAGCUAGUUUCGCUACAGAAGUUUGGCACCUCAUUGCUACUCAAGGAUUUCUAUAUGCUAUUGGAGGCAGCCUUUUGUACUCUCCAACAAUGUUCUAUCUCGAUCAGUGGUUCGUCAAGCGAAAGGGUCUCGCACUUGGCGUUAUGUGGUCAGGUGUGGGAACUUCAGGUCUCAUCUUCCCAUUUCUCCUGUCAUAUCUUGUCGAUCGAUGUGGAUUCCGCGGUACUCUCCGGAUCUGGGCUGCUAUCUUGUUCCUACUUUGUUGCCCAUUGAUCUAUUAUAUCAAACCGAGGAUUCCAACGAAGUUCUCUAGCCAACCACCAUCAAAACCAAGCUACACAUUCCUUAGGUCACCCAUAUUUUGGUUUCUACAGAUAGCAAAUAUCUUCUCCUCACUUGGGUUCUUCGCACCUUCCAUUUAUCUUUCGUCGUAUAGCGCUUCGCUUUCAUUCUCCCCUGUGCUUGGAACAACACUCAUCGCACUCCUGAAUUUCUUUUCCGUGAUCGGAGCCAUUUCACUAGGCCAUCUUUCAGAUGUCAGACAUAUAACCACCGUCGUGCUUCUCUCAUCUACUCUAUCUACUCUAUCUGUAUUCAUGCUAUGGGGCAUUUCAACUUCCCUUCCAUCUCUAAUUACAUUCACCAUUAUCUAUGGAACUUUUGCGGGAGGAUGGAGUGCUAUCUGGGCAGGUAUGAUACGAGAGGUCCAACGCGCAGAUAACAGCGUUAGUUUUGGUGUAUUGAUGGGCCUAUUUAGCGCGGGAAGAGGAGUGGGAAGCGUGGCAUGUGGACCACUUACUGAAUGGCUCGUUGAACAUGGAGGGUUUGGGGGCGUGGGAGGCGGUUACGGCACUGAGUAUGGAGCGGUAAUUGUCUUCACCGGAAGCUACCACUUAGCACACUUUGAUGCUUCAUUUCAUGUCUGUCAAUCAAGUAGUGCCUCAAAUAAUUUUGAAGAUUUUGAACGGAUUGUGUUCUGGUGCAAGAGUCUGUCACAUGACUGGGUGUGA